GGAGGAGAGGCGGAGCGCAGCGGGCGCGGAGCGGAGGUGACCCAGCGGCAGGUACUAAAUCAUCAUUAGUCAAGAUGUCUUCAGCACCUGAGCCUCCAGCCUUUAAAAAGGAGCCACCCAAGGAAAAAGACCUGGGAAACCCAGGGCUCAGAGGGGUCCGCUCCACAACCUUAUUUCGAGCUGUGAAUCCAGAGCUCUUCAUUAAACCUAACAAACCUGUAAUGGCUUUCGGAUUGAUAACCCUUUCACUUUGUGUGGCUUAUAUCGGUUAUCUACAUGCGACACAGGAGAAUAAGAAGGACCUCUAUGAAGCUAUUGAUAGUGAGGGACACAGUUAUAUGAGGAGGAAAACAUCUAAGUGGGAUUAACAGUGCUGGUUACUGCAGAUGGAGCUUUACUGGGGACUCUGAAAUCUUCAGGUGAAGAUUAGCACCAAACAGUGUCUUGUUUCUUGUUCUAGAAGAUGCUGCUGAGGAAGAAGGAUGACGGUUGCAGCCAGGCCACUAUAGUGAAUGUUGUCCUUUCAAAACUGUAGCCAUUAUCGCAUUCUUUUUCCACAGAAAGAGCUGCUCAAUAUUUUUUCUUGACUAAAUCCUCUUGUAAAAGUGCCAUGAGAAUGGAAGUCACUUUUGUGAGUUAAGUUCUAUAUAAUAAAAAGUACCGAUGCUCUUAAAUUUACAUGGUAUUUUUAACAUUUUAAGGGGAAUUGUGCAUUUACAACUGUUGUGUUUAGUUUGUUUUGCUGUUUGCAAGGACAGUGUUCAUUUUCUACCUGGCAUAGAACCUAUAUUUGUAAAGAAAAAAACAAUUGUAAAUUAUCGUAAAGCCUGCAGUUAAAAACAAAUAGUUUUUACAGAGUCACAGAUGGGUCUUAUAUUUCGAUUUUCCAUUUCAGCUAAUUUUGGUCCAGAAUUUUAAUUGAAAAGAUACUCCCAUUCAACUACUAAAAUAAAGAUUAAAUGAGAGAAUAACCCAAAGUAAUUGGAGUUUUUCUUUUUUUAAAAGGAAAGUAUGU